AUGACUGAGCCAAUUAUGCCAAAGAUAAAUGAUGAGUUUGAAUCUUUAGAAGCUUUCAAAAAUGUUGCUAAAUCAGCUACUAAGUAUAGAGGGUUUGCUUUUUCAAAAAAAGAUAGCAACCUUACUAGAUGUAAUGGCAAGUCACCUUUUGUUGUUUUACAAUGCACGAAAGGUGGUGAAUGGUAUAACUCAGCUGUUAACAAAACUAUAGAUGGUGGAAUAAUUCUUUCAAAGAAUAUUAUUAAUGAAUGUGCUUGUAUUAGACUUGCUUUGAAUGAAGGUUACAAUAAUGAUUCUACACAAAUACUAUUAAGACUUUUUAAAGAAGAUCAGGCAUUACGAAAUGCUUCAGAUAAAGUAUUUCCGGAAACUGAUAAGAUGUUGUGUGUUUGGCAUCUUCUGGAACAAAAUUUAAAAGUUAAUUGUCGCAAACUUUUUAAAACUGAUAAUGAUUAUGAGGCAUUCAAGAAAGAGCAAUCAAAUACACCUUUAAACCAAAUUUUUAAUACUUCUCAACUUUCAAAUUCUAAACAAUUUGAGAUAAAUAUUCUAAAAUUUAUGAAUGAAUAUUUUUCAGCAUAUAUUGAUGUGAAAGGGGAUAGUAAUUGUAGUUUCUGUGCUAUUGUCAUUUCAAUUAGAAAACCUGAAGACUACUGGCUAGAAGUUAGAAAACUUAUCUAUAAAGAACUCUGCACUCGCAAGUCUUAUUAUAUUCAGUUGUUUUUGAAAAAAGAAAAGGAGUAUGACAAGAUAUUAUUUAUAGUACAAUGGAAAGCUGGCUCUUGCAGUAAAGACCAUUGGAUGUCUAUGCUCUCUUUCGAAUAUGUCAUUGCCAACACCUUUCAAUAA